CUAGAUAAUAUUGCGAUUAUAAAAGUGCAGCAGUUGAGAACGCAAAACAUACAGUUGAAAUCAAUCGAAACGAGUGAAGCAAUAUGGCCGCCGCUACAAUAUUCUGCUGCCUUCUUUUGUUGUUGGGAGUGGCAACUUCAGAUCCUAGUUUUGCGGUGAAGGAAUUUACGGCUCCCAAUGUGCUCUAUUCGGUAGACGCGCUGGACGCGUUGAAAGAAGUAUACGCCAUUUCCGACGAUCCGUCGCAAGUCGCCCAAUAUUGGAGUCAAGUGUUCAAAACGAAACAUUCGGGGAGCUGGAACGUUGUCACGGGAAAUAGCGUGACCCUUUAUACAGUCAGCGCGAAAGUCAAGAUCGCUAUCGAGGUAUCCGGCGCUGCCACCUAUUCUGUUGAUGAUAACGUUACAACUACUGCAGCGCCAUCUGCAUCUGAAACGACGACCUCCGAUUGGAUAAUUUUUAAUUGAGCUGCGUUUGACAAUGAGAAACGAAAAAUAUUCAACUAGAUUGUAAAUAAAAGAUUUUUAAAAGCAAA